GCCUGUGCCCCCCUUGCUUCCUACGCACUGCAAACCCUAGAAUCGACUGCGAGAGAUUGGGGCAAAGCGAAAGCCUGAAGGAGAUGGCGAAGUCUAUGAGGUCGAAGCGAAAGAAGAGGCUGAGGUCUUUGAGGAGGGAGAUCGCCGAGCCCUUCUACGAGAAGAAAGAGGCUGCCAAGCUUGCUGCCCAGCAAGCUGCUCUUGAAGCCCCCAAGCUUCCUGUACGCGUUCACAAGAAUGACUCCGAGGCCGAUGUGCCAGCCGAACCGUCCACUGCCAUGGAUAUCGAAAUUGCUGAUGGAGUGAGCUCUCAAGGAGAUGUUUCAAAAUCACUUCUAAAGCCACUGGGAGGUAUAGGUAAGAAGAAGCUAAAAAAGAAGCUAUUGCUGAAGAAGCUGAAGCGACGCGGCAAAGGCAAAGGCAAAGGAAGUUUCAGGAGAAGAAAGAUUUAGUUAGUUGCUUUGAUCUAAAAUUGCCUUUCAAAACACGUGUUUGUAAAACUAAGUUGAUGAAUUGUCCUGUUCUCAUAUUCAAAUGAAUUUUGCCUCUUUUGUUACAUUAAUGAAUGAUUGCCUGGCUUUUGCAGUUUA